AUGAAACUCGACAAAUCGACGGUCGAGGCACGUCAGUAUCUGACCGCUCUUCUCACCACUCUAGAAGCGAUAAAGACUCAAUUGGCGGACAAUGACGCUAUCAAAAAUGAGGUAAUCGGUGAUCUGAAGAGACGCCAGCCAUUAUUAAUUUCAGACUAUCGCCCAGGCGCACAUCGAAAGCUUCGCCGAGAAACUUUUCAACUUCGCUGACAAAAAGGAAAAAACCGGAAAUGUAAACAAUGCGUGUCGCCCAUUUAUGGUUUAUUGUCCGUGGUUUAGGUCGACAAAACUGUCGUGCACGCAUUCUACUCGGCCGGGCAUGUUAUGGAUGUCCUUGCACUUUUCGGCGAGGUGAUUCUUUCCGUAACUUUCUUCUUUCGUACACUUCUCUUCAGAUCGAGGAGCCGUUCCUUUCGUCGAAGAAGUACGCCAAAUGGAAGAGCACUCAAAUCUUUACGUGUCUGAGAGACGGAACUCCCUACGUCCCAAGCAGCCAGCAACAGCCAGAAGAGGACGAUGGUGAGUCCAGAUUGUUCAGAAUUUCAUCGAAUAAGAAGCUUCAGAUUUGUCACAGUUCGGCGCUCAGUUCCAACCAAACGCUCCGUCCUCUUCUUCUCUUGAGCCCCAAGAGCACAACUACAACAAUAUUCCAGCUCCUGGCUUCGGAUUCUCUGGCCUGCCGAGUGUGCCAUCUGGUGAGCCCUUUUAAUUUCACUCCUACUGAAACCGUACUGUCUCCAGAUCACUCUCUACCACAGCCACCGGCUCGCACCAUUAUCCCACCACCGAACUACUCAACCCCAGGCCUUCCAUCCAACACUUCUUCGCCGUAUCCUCCUCAACCAACUCAAUACCCGGAUUUCUCGGCUCCACCGCCGGCUGCCCGUCCUUCCGGACGACACCCGUCGGACGAAGAAUUUGCAGAGGUGCGCAAGUACACGAAGUACGCACUCAGCGCCGUCGACUACGAAGACACGAACGCCGUGCGCGAUAACCUGCUCAAGGCGCUCGCCGUCCUCCAAAAGUAUUGA